CGCAGCAUCCACAGCACGCAAGCAGCAUGAGGACGACUGCGCUGGUGUACCUCACGGCCGUGCUUCUGGCGUCGGCCAUAGCUGAGGAUGCUGCAAAGAAGGACACCGCGAAGAAGGACAAGCGCGGUAUUCUUUACGGAGGACUCGGUCUGGGCGGUAUCGGAGGAGGCGGCAUCGGCGGAGGCUACGGCUACGGUGGAGCCAUCGGCGGCGGUUACGGAGGCAGCUACGGCUACGGUGGCGGCGUCGGUAGCGGCUAUGGAGGAAUCAGCGGCGGAUACGGAGGUAUCAGCGGCGGCUACGGAGGAAUCAGCGGCGGAUACGGAGGAGUCAGCAGUGGAUACGGAUACGGUGGUGGUAUCGGCCUCGGCUCAGGCAGUAUCGGAUUGAGCUCUGGCGGGAUUGGCCUCGGUGGAGGUGCUGGUGGGAUCGGCGGAGGGUCCGUUGGUCUUGCAUCAGGUGGGGCAGGCAUCGGUUCUUUUGGAGGUGGCCUCGGUGGUGCCGGAGUCGGCAUCGGGUCAGGUGUGGGGGCUGUAGCAGUCGCUCCGACCCAGACGGUCGUCCAGACCGUCGCAGUUCCUGAACCUCAGCCCGUGCCUGUUCCGGUAGAUCGCCCAGUCCCUGUUCCCCAGCCCGUUCCAGUUCCAGUCAGCCGUCCUGUGCCCGUCCCCCAGCCGUACCCCGUCCACGUGCCCCACCCAGUCCCCGUUCCAGUAAGCCGACCAGUCCCCGUUCCAGUGAGCCGUCCAGUUCCAGUGCCCAUCUCACGUCCCGUCCCUGUUCCAGUGCCCCAGCCGUACCCCGUGCGAGUGCCGCACCCAGUUCCAGUCGGUGUCCCUCAGCCCUACCCUGUGACUGUCCCUGAACCACGACCUGUACCAGUCCCAGUCCCUGUAUCGACUGGAGUCUCCUCUGUUGGCCUCGGAAGCGGAAUUGCUUCUGGAGGAUCCUUCGCCGGUGGUUCUGGAAUAGGAUCUGCUGGCCUCAUCGGUGGAGCUGUAUCAUCUGGCAUCUCCGGUGGAAUCAUCUCGUCCGGUAGUUCCCUGGGUGGUGGAUACGGCAGUGGAUACGGCGGUGGAUACGGAGGCUCUUACGGCUAUGGCGGUGGAUACGGUGGUGGCUACGGAUCUGGAGGGGUAAUCUCCUCUGGCAUCGGUAGCAGCAUCAGCGGUGGAAGCCUCUCAAGCGGCCUCUCCGGUGGCUACGGAUAUGGUGGUGGCUACAGCAGCCAUGCUAAGGUCUGGUAAGGUGCCGGCCAAGCUGCACUCUCACAGUUGAGGGCCAUCCAGGUUGCUCCACUUCAUCCUCCCCAUCACCAUCGAACCACCUGUAGUAUCAAA